AGUUACUGAGAAAACACAAGGCAAAGCUAAAAUCCCUCUUCAGAUCCACAAUCAACUGCCCUGACCACAUCCUGCAAAAAGUCCGGAGGCAGGAGAGCCAUGGAUUAUUACAGAAAAUAUGCAGCUGUCAUUCUGGCCACAUUGUCUGUGUUUCUGCAUAUUCUCCAUUCCUUUCCUGAUGGAGAGUUUGCAAUGCAGGGCUGCCCAGAAUGCAAGCUAAAGGAAAACAAAUACUUCUCCAAGUUGGGUGCCCCAAUUUAUCAAUGCAUGGGUUGCUGCUUCUCCAGAGCAUAUCCCACUCCAGCAAGGUCCAAGAAGACAAUGUUGGUCCCAAAGAACAUCACCUCAGAAGCCACAUGCUGUGUGGCCAAAGCAUUUACCAAGGCCACAGUGAUGGGAAAUGCCAAAGUGGAGAACCACACGGAGUGCCACUGCAGUACUUGUUAUUAUCACAAAUCUUAAUGUUUUGCAAAGAGCAUGUUGAUGACUGCUGAUUUCCUGGAGUGAAAAAUUAAUUUUUUCAGUGUUUAUGGCCUUGUGAGAUAAAACCCUCUUUUUCCUUACCAUACUCCUUUUGGCAUGCUUCGAGGAUACUGCAGCUUUAUUGCCUUUCUCUUUAUCCUACAGUAUAAUCAGAAGUUUAGUUCUUUUCAUUUGGAGUGAAGUACAGCAUUUAGCAUGACCAUAAAAAGUUAGUUCCUCUGCAAA